CCUGCGCAGCGGACUCCUCACGUGACUGAUCCUUCGCGCAUGCGUGGUGGGCUGCACGCUGCUGGUAACGGUUGGCGGCGAAGCGGGGCGGAGAUGUCGAAGCACGAAUUCUUUGUGGAUAUGACAUGUGAAGGCUGUUCUAAUGCAGUGACUCGAGUGCUGAAUAAAGUAGAAGGUAUACAGUUUGAUGUCGAUCUUCCCAACAAGAAAGUCUUUGUUGAAUCUAACCACAACGUAGAGAUGCUGACACAGCUUCUGAAAAAGACAGGAAAGGAUGUACAAUAUAUUGGAAAAAAGUAGAGCACUUAUGGUGGUUAAGGUAACUGAAAAGGAACACUAGCCAGAUGGGUGAAAUCAAAGUGCUUUUCUGGCAGCAGAUUCAAUUGAAGCAAAUUACAGGGCAACAACAGCUGGAUUCUUUGUGAACAUAAUUAAAAGCUUUAACUCUAAUAAUUAUUAGCCUCAGACUGAAUGGAAAGCAAAGUGCUGUUUGGAUUGUUACAUUGCUGAAAAUGCCUUCAUUUAUAAUAUGUUUGAAUAGAUCUAUAAUUAUUUUAUUUUACAUUCAUUUACGCAAUAAAUAAAUGUCUGUCUCAGUAACUGGUAAAGUAACUGCUAUGAGCUUUGCCUCUUGCUUUUGUCUUAAUCAUUAAAUUAUUAAAAUUGUUGGAAGUUUCAGCAUGUUGUAACUCGCAUAGCAAUUGUUCUUUGUCUUGCCUACCUGAUGAUAUCAGCAGCUUCAUAUAAUUGGUGUCACAUUCUGUACAGAUGCUGAAAUAUGCAUUUGGUAUUAUUUCAAAGUUCUGUCAUUUACAUCUUUUGAAAAAUUGUAGCCAACAUAUACUCUAAUAGUGCAACCUUCAUAGAAAAACUAAUCAGGACUUCAAAAUCCCGAGCUGACUAAAAGAACAGCUCAGGCGUACUUUUAAUGUAAAAUGGUUGGGAUCAUUGAUUGGAAUGCUGUGGUGUUUGUAUUGUAAUGUGUGUAAACAAAAUCCACUGUAUAAAAAUGUAGAAAUUUG